GCUCUCGGGAUGUGGGAGCUGAUGGAGUCGGGAUACAGGCGGUGCAGAACUAGGUGGAGGUGAAUUGGACCCAGCAGCAGCACCAUGGCGAACUCAACACAGGGACUCCCCAGCGCCGAGCUCUGGGCCUCCCAUAACAAGAUGGUGUUGGAGCCACUGGAGACCAAUGACCCAGAGGUGCACAGCAUCAUCAAGAAGGAGAAGCAGCGGCAGAGGUUGGGGCUGGAGUUAAUUGCAUCAGAGAACUUUGCCAGCCGAGCGGUCUUGGAGGCCCUGGGAUCCUGCAUGAACAACAAAUACUCCGAGGGUUACCCAGGACAGAGGUACUACGGCGGGACGGAGUUUGUGGACGAGCUGGAGAGGCUGUGCCAGAAGCGAGCCCUGCAGGCCUACCGGCUCGACCCCCAGAAGUGGGGAGUCAAUGUCCAGCCCUACUCAGGGUCACCCGCAAACUUUGCGGUGUACACGGCCCUGGUGGAGCCCCACGGCAGGAUCAUGGGGCUGGACCUGCCCGAUGGCGGCCACCUCACCCACGGGUUCAUGACAGACAAGAAGAAGAUCUCUGCCACCUCUCUCUUCUUCGAGUCCAUGCCCUACAAGGUCAACCCCAAAACUGGUUACAUCGACUAUGACAAGCUGGAGGAGAACGCCCGGCUCUUCCACCCCAAGCUGAUCAUAGCAGGUGUCAGCUGCUACUCGCGGAACCUGGACUACGCCCGCAUGCGGAAGAUCGCCGACGACAACGGCGCCUAUCUGAUGGCCGACAUGGCGCACAUCAGCGGGCUGGUGGCCGCCGGCGUGGUGCCCUCGCCCUUCGAGCACUGCGACAUCGUCUCCACCACCACCCACAAGACCCUGCGGGGCUGCAGGGCCGGCAUGAUCUUCUACCGCAAAGGCACCCGCAGCGUGGACCCCAAGACGGGCAAGGAGACCCUCUACAACCUGGAGAGCCUCAUCAACCAGGCGGUGUUUCCGGGGCUGCAGGGAGGCCCACACAACCACGCCAUUGCAGGGAUUGCCGUGGCACUGCAUCAGGCCAUGACACCCGAGUUCAAGGCUUACCAGCAGCAGGUGGUGGCCAACUGCAAGGCACUCUCAUCAGCGCUGAUGGAGAUGGGCUAUGACAUUGUCACAGGGGGCUCUGACAACCACCUGAUCCUGGUGGACCUGCGCAGCAAAGGCACAGACGGCAGCCGGGCCGAGCGGGUGCUGGAGCUCUGCUCCAUCGCCUGCAACAAGAACACGUGCCCUGGUGAUGUCAGCGCCCUGCGCCCCAGCGGGCUCCGGUUCGGCUCGCCGGCGCUCACCUCGCGCGGCUUCCGGCAGGACGAUUUCCGCAAGGUGGCCCAGUUCAUCCACAGAGGGAUCGAACUGGCUGUGCGCGUGCAGAAGGACAUGAGCCCCAAGGCCACGCUGAAGGAAUUCAAGGACAAACUGGAGGAACCAAAAUACCAUGGGGAGCUGAAGGCACUGAAGGAAGAGGUAGAAGCCUUUGCAGCCACGUUCCCGCUCCCAGGGCUGCCUGUCCUGUAAGGGGACAGGGCCAUGCCCGCUCC